AUGCCGACGGCAUUUCUCCGCAUGCAUGUACCGUUCAUGGUAUUUGCAGGAGAAUCGGACAACCUCGUGGUUCCGGCGGCUGCUCAAGCUGUCUUUCCAUCAUUUGGGACUCUUCCGGGUGAUCACUUCUCUAUAGUACGCCCGCACUCACUACGGCACCGCUCUUAUACAGCGCUCAAGCAUGAAAUCUACCUAGCUUACCAUAGUCCCCCGGUGCCUCCUGUGCCCUCGCCAAUUCCCCCUGCCCCACCACCUCCGCCCGUCAUUCUCUCCAUUGGCGAUGAUGGCUAUUUCAUCGGUGGGGAUCAUAAAGUCGCCACCGACGCUGUUUUCGCCCUUCUUGAUACCGAUGCUGCCCAGCGUCGGGUUGAGAUCCAAACACCUGGGCUCGACGAGAACUAUAUGUACACAAACCCGGACCAGUACAGGGCAUUGAUGAAUGGCAUCCGACUAUACGAACGUGCGAUUCUCUUACUAUUGGGCGAUGGCAUUCGUUACAGUGUCAAGUGGAACCUUGAGCAAAUAAUUCCGAGCGUGCUCGAGCUGCGAAAUUACGCGCUUCCAGGCAUUAUUGGGUACGAAUACAAGACAUGGUACGUCUGGUCACCCAGUGAUCGCAAUACCGUCGUGAGCGUCCGAAUCCCAACGGAUAUGGAGAGCACCAUAAGAACAGGCUAUUACCUCGAUGACUGGUCGAAGCAGGGAGGCAGGGAAGAAGGUCUGCCUACAAAUGCCCCGAUCUGGCUCAGGCAUAUCUUCUCCAGGUUUGUAUGGGAGCAGGUGGCGCCUGCUGUGGUAUUCCGUGCCGCCGAGGGCGUGUUACAUCCCCCCGUCAAUCUGGAUAAAUGGGUUAUCUCUGAUCGAGAACCGAGUCAGUUGGAAUUCGAUCAGCCAGCCGCCAAGUGGGAUUGA